UGGGUCAUUGCCUCAGAUAAUUUCCAGAUGAUUUCCACGGAAAUCUGUGUACCUAUCCUUUACGAGGAGGUGAAGCCAAUCCCUUUCUUGGGAACCUUGAGAAGCCGCGUCACCGAGAACAGACUGCGCUCCAGGUACCACUCGGAUUCUGUCAAACUACAUUACCCAGAAGGCAGUGCUACAAGGGACGGAAGCCGGCCCCAAGCCAUAGACGGAAAGCGCAGAGGGGCGUUUCCCGUAGCGGCGUGGGCGGGACUUCCGGCGUCGAGUCUUUGGACGCCGUUAGGUUGAAGAUGCUGUUGUUACCGACGCUACACCGGCCACAAUGCCAGACAGGGGUCACUUUUCGAGACCAAGUAGAGACGGACAGUGAGGAGGAUAGGACCCACUUACACGCUUUUAUGUCAGCCGCGAUCUCACCCCCACAAGCGUCUGCAAAACGCUUCCUGGGGCCUUGGCGCCAGCCCUGUGUCCCCACGGCGCGCAGAGGCGGCGCCGCGAACCUUGUGCGCAUUUCACACGGCGGCGAGGACUGAGGUCCCUCGCAGACCAGAGCCGGAGCCCGGGGUCGGCCGAGCCAGCAGGACCGGCUUCUUCGCCGACUCUCACGGCCUCACCCCGCCCCCUGGGCCUAUGGCGGCGCCGGCGUUGGCAUUAGUAUCAUUUGAAGACGUGGUUGUGACCUUCACUGGAGAGGAAUGGGGGCACCUGGACCUGGCCCAGAGGACCCUGUACCAGGAGGUGAUGCUGGAGACCUGCAGGCUCCUAGUCUCACUGGGGCAUCCUGUUCCCAAACCAGAGCUGAUCUACCUACUGGAACAUGGACAGGACCUGUGGACAGUGAAGAGAGGCCUCUCCCAAAGCACUUGUGCAGGUGAAAAAGCAAAACCCAAGACUACAGAGCCUACUGUUUCUCAGCUGGCCUUCUCUGAGGAAUUCUCUUUCCAGGAAUUUCUGGCACAGAGAUCAAGAGAUUCCAGGUUUGGGCAAGCUAGAGAUGAGGAAAAGCUAAUAGAAAUUCAGGAAGGGAACUUGAGGCCAGGAACAAACCCGCACAAAGAGAUAUGCCCUGGGAAGUUGAGCUAUAAACAUGACGAUUUGGAGCCAGAUGAUAGUCUGGGCUUAAGGGUUUUACAGGAACGAGUCACUCCACAAGAUGCUGUCCAUGAACAUGACUCUCAACGACCAGAAAAAGACCCCAUAAUUGAUGCAAGGAAUAACCCUUACACAUGCAUGGAAUGUGGGAAAGGCUUUAGCAAGAAGUGGGCCCUUGUUCGGCAUCAACAGAUUCAUGCUGGAGUGAAGCCCUAUGAGUGCAAUGAGUGUGGGAAAGCCUGUCGUUAUAUGGCUGAUGUCAUUCGACAUAUGAGGCUUCAUACUGGGGAAAAGCCAUAUAAGUGUAUUGAGUGUGGGAAAGCCUUCAAACGCAGGUUUCACCUCACAGAGCACCAGCGUAUUCACACCGGAGAUAAGCCCUAUGAGUGCAAAGAAUGUGGCAAAGCAUUCACCCACCGCUCUUCUUUUAUCCAGCAUAAUAUGACUCACACUCGAGAAAAACCCUUUUUAUGCAAAGAAUGUGGGAAAGCUUUUUACUACAGUUCCUCAUUUGCUCAACACAUGAGGAUUCAUACUGGAAAGAAACUCUAUGAGUGCAGUAAAUGUGGAAAGGCCUUCACGCACCGCUCCACAUUUAUCCAGCACAAUAUGACCCACACGGGAGAAAAACCAUUUUUAUGUAAAGAAUGUGGAAAAGCCUUUUGCCUCAACUCAUCCUUCACUCAGCACAUGAGGAUUCACACUGGAGAGAAACCCUAUGAGUGCAGUGAAUGUGGAAAGGCCUUUACUCAUCGCUCCACUUUCAUCCGACAUAAGAGGACCCAUACCGGAGAGAAGCCCUUUGAGUGCAAAGAAUGUGGGAAGGCCUUUUGUGACAGCUCUUCCUUAAUUCAACACAUGAGGAUUCACACUGGUGAGAAGCCUUAUGAGUGCAGUAAAUGUGGAAAGGCCUUUACACACCAUUCUGUUUUUAUUCGACACAACAGGACCCACAGUGGACAAAAACCCUUGGAGUGCAAAGAAUGUGCAAAAGCCUUUUACUAUAGCUCUUCCUUCACUCGACACAUGAGGAUUCACACUGGAGAGAAACCCUAUGUUUGUAGAGAAUGUGGGAAGGCUUUUACCCAACCUGCAAAUUUUGUUCGGCAUAAGAGGAUCCACACUGGAGAAAAACCCUUUGAAUGCAAAGAAUGUGAGAAAGCCUUCUGUGACAACUUUGCUUUAACUCAGCACAUGAGAACUCAUACUGGAGAGAAACCCUUUGAGUGCAAUGAAUGUGGAAAGACCUUCAGCCACAGUUCAUCGUUCACUCACCAUCGAAAGAUUCAUACCAGAGUUUAAAAGAUACAGGAAGGACUUUUACAAGUGUGUUCACCUUUAGUGAACUCAUAGUGGUGACAUACCUUUCCUUUUGAAUGUAACUAUUGAGGGAAAUCUUUUGGCUAGAGAAAUGUCUUAGUAUCUGAGAAUUUAUACUAACGAGAAACAAAAUUGUCCCUGUGAAAUCUUUUUAUGGCAGGUAAUCACUUAUCAUCCAAAGAAUUAUAUUAAAGAUUGACCCAGUUUAGAGCCUUACACUGUACCUGAGAAUAAUAGAGAGGAGAGACCUGGUGGUUAACAUGCAUUUAGGUAAAAUGUCAGCAACAACUUUCCUCUUAUUAAUACUAUAAAUCCAUCUCAAGCAUAUUUUAAAAUAAUGAGAGAUGGAAGAAACAAUCUAGAAGAGAAAAGAAAAAGACGUGCAUAACUUGUUUCCAAUUUCCCUGUUUAUGACAGUUUGUCAUUUGGCGGGUUGGGGGAUGGAACAGGGAAUAAGACAUUGAAAAAGUCUCAUCCCCUUUGUAUGUCUGAUAUAUAUAUAUCUCUCUCUAAGGAGAAUUGGACCAUUGAGGGCAGCUCUGCCAACAUUUAUUAGAAGUAUUCAUUGUUCCAAAACUGCCAUCUCUACCCUUGAGGGAGUGUAAGUCUUUGUGAGAAAUAUAAAGGCUUGAGUCAUGAAAUAUGUAACACAUGUGCACAUGUACACACAUUCAUUUAUAUAUAUAUAUGCAGUGAAUUGUUACUCGUGGUAGUUAGGUUCUGUGAAUUUUCUGUGCACACUGAAUUAGUGAAUGCUGAAUGAUUGUUGCUAGAGGAAAUACAGGAUUAGCUUCUAUAAGCCUUGGAUCCAAACAUUUUUAUCAAGCAGUCAACAUAUAACUUUCUUCUAUGGGUAUUUGUUUGUUUGUUUGUCUGUUUGUUUAAAGACACCUUAUCAGUGUUUCUUGAAUAAUUAUAAUUACUAUUCUUUAUAAUAAAAAUAUUUUAAUUAUA